UUCAGAUCGAGUGAAUGCGGCCGCCUCCCUCUUCUCCGCGUACAAGGACGACUUUGUGGGCAGCGAAAUCAACGCAGCAGCAGUGCGCAAGUCUGCGCCGCGGCUUCGCUCCCAGCAAGGUCGCAGCGCGUGCCCGCGCAAGGAGGAGGAAGCUGCAGUGUGCGGCUUUGGCUCGCGUGCCGUGUGUUUAGCUUUGAGUUGCGCAGCAUUCUUCCGCCCCCAUAUUCCAUGAUUCGGUGCGCCCUGGUCCAUGGAGACGCAUCGCAUCUCGGAGACCUCACCAGCAAAUUAGCCGCGUAGCGGCGGCUUAGAGGUUGCCGAAGACAGCGGAUCGACGGACGAAGCAAGUUCCCAAGAACCACUUGCUGCUAUUAGGCAUGGCAGAAGGCAUUGUUGCCUCACUGAUGGUCAAGCUGGGAGUGGCCUUAGCAACUCAGGCGGCAACAUUUGGUGGAUCAUGCAUCGCUCAUGAAGUGACUGCUUUGAGAAGGCUCUUCAGUGAGAUGGAGGAGAUCAAGGAUGAGUUGGAGUGCAUGCAGACCUUCCUGCAGGUUUCUGAGAGGCUCAGAGACCACGACGAAACAAUGGCAACAUUUGUUAGGAAGGUACGGACGCUUUCCUUUGGCAUCGAGGAUGUUGUUGAUGAGUUCAGCUGCAAGUUCUGCGACGAUCAUGGUGGAGCCGCUUCCAGGGCAAUACGGAAGCUCAGGCGCAUCAGGACAUGGCACCGCCUUGCCUUUCGGCUUGUGCGAAUCAAAGCCAGCCUAAAAAUUGCCGUAGAAAGAGUUAAGAUGUUCAACACAGAAGGAAUUAGCAAGGUACAACAACCUCAAGCACAAGAUAAAAAAUUGGGACCAUCAGAAUCUGCUGGCCUUGUAACAGCUGAUUGUCCGGUUGGGAUUGAGCAUAACAGGGACUUGCUGAUUGGAUGGCUAACAGAUGAGAUCCAGCAGAACAUGGUGAUCUCUGUGUGGGGCAUGGGUGGAGUCGGAAAGACUACUCUUGUAACUCAUGUUUACAACAUUAUCAAGCCAAGAUUUGAGAGACAUGCAUUCAUUACAGUUUCACAACACUGUAGGUCCGUUGAUUUGCUAAGACAGAUACUGAAAAAGUUCUGCAAGAAGGAUCACAAUGUAACACUAUCUGAAGGCAUCGAUUCCAUGGAUCGUGAAAGCCUAGUCGAGAUUAUGCAAAGUUAUCUUCAUAGUAGAAGAUAUGUCCUCGUCUUGGAUGAUCUAUGGGAUGCUAAUGUUUGGUUCGAAAUCCGUGAUGCGUUUGCUGGUGGAGAUGGUUCCAGUAAGAUAGUUCUUACUUCAAGGAUCCAUGACGUCGCAUCACUAGCAAAAGACAAGUACAUAAUUGAUCUGAGACCAUUAGAAAGCCAGCAUUCAUGGGAUUUGUUCUGCAAAGAAGCAUUUUGGAAAAUGGAAGAUAAAAGUUGUCCUCGAGAACUGGAAGCAUCGGGUCAGAAAAUUGUAGAGAGUUGUGACGGCUUGCCAAUAGCUAUUGUGUGCAUAGGACGCCUCUUGUCCUUCAGAAGUCAGACUAGUUAUGAAUGGGAGAAAGUGCAGAAAGAUAUUGAGUUGCAGCUAACGAGCAAUUCGAUCCUUGAUAUGAACCUCAUUUUGAAGGUUAGCUUGGAGGAUCUGUCACACAAUUUAAAGAACUGUUUCCUGUUUUGUAGUUUGUUUCCAGAGGUCUACAGGAUCAGAAGGAAGAAGCUGAUCAGAUUCUGGGUAUCAGAGGGAUUCAUUAAAAGAACUGAAACAAGAACAGAGGAAGAGAUUGCCGAGGAUUACCUGAAUGAGCUAGUUAACCGGUGCCUGCUACAAGUUACUAAGAGAAACGAAUUUGGACGAGUUCGUGAAUGUCGAAUGCAUGACGUGGUCCGUGUUCUUGCUCUAUCAAAAUCGAAAGAGGAGAUGUUUUCUGCUGUUUAUGACUGCUCAAAAACAACCUCUUUACUAGGCAAAGCACGAAGGAUGUCAAUUCAGAGUGCUGAUUCUACGCUUUCAAGUCAUGAGAUGACACAUGUGCGAUCGUUACUUGUAUUUGACAAAUGUGUCCCUAUAGAUGCUCUAAGUGCUUCACUCACAUCACUCAAGUUGUUGUCAGUUUUGGACCUACAUGGCAUUCCAAUAAAAAGUAUACCUGUUCAAGUGUUCAGCCUGUUUAAUCUGCGAUUUUUGGGUUUGCGAGGAACUGAAAUUGAUGUGCUUCCUAAAGAAAUAAAAAAAUUACAGAACUUAGAAGUACUGGAUGCUUACAACACAAAAAUUACAUCACUGCCAGAAGAAAUGACAAGGCUCCGGAAGUUGAGGCAUCUCUUUGCAUCUGGAAUCCGAGAUGAUACUGACAGCAAUGUCGUGGUAUCCACUGGUGUAGCUGCUCCUCGAGGCAAAUGGCAUUCCACUAGUCUGCAGACCCUUCAAAAUUUUAAAGCAAAUGACGAGAUGUUGCAGAGCAUUGCAUGUUUGUCCGAGUUGAGGACGCUUGGCAUUACAGAUAUAAGAUCAGGCCAGUCUGCAAGCUUGUGCAGUGCCAUCUCCAAGCUGUCUAAACUUCAACAUCUUUUGGUGUCCCCGAAAGGUGAUGAAGCGCUUCAGCUUUCGUCUGUUCAGCUGCCCCAAACAAUUCAGAAGCUCGAGGUUGGGGGUCUGCUGGGGCAGGCGACAGCACAUAACCUCUUCACUUCCAUCCGAUACCUUGAGAACAUCACUCAUCUCCAUCUAUGGUUCUCAAUGAUAAAUCAAGAUCUCUUCCGCUACCUCCAAUCAGAUUGUUUGUUGUCGCUCUGUAUUCUGCAGGCGUUUCAAGGUGAGGAUAGGUCGUUCUCUGCAGGAUCAUUUCCCAAACUUCAGUCGCUUGUGGUACAUGGUGCAUCACAACUCAGCCGGAUUGAGAUAGAAGAAGGCUCUAUGGUGAACCUGGUCCGCCUUACGGUAACAGGUUGUCCAACACUGAAGGAGCUGCCUCAAGGUGUUGAGUUCCUCCACAAGCUCGAAACGUUGCAGCUCGAGAUCACGGUUGAUGACUUUCUUGAGAAGAUUCAGUCAGAAGAAUAAUGGGAGGUACACCAGAGCAAGAUUAGUCACAUCAAGAAGGUUUAUGUUGGAUUUUCAGGAAAUGAAUAAAGUACAUUCCACUAAUGGGUUCUUACCUCGUUUUUCUAGGCUGGACAAGAAAUAUGUGCUAAAUAGGGUAGGUAUUGCGUCUGGCCUACCUUUAUCUCAAAAUGGUUGUAACAGAUUGUAUGUUUUUUUUUGGCAAAAAUAGUUGUAACAAAUUGUAUGU